CAUGCGUUGCUCGCACAGCGGCAGCUAACAACAACAACAGUCCUCUCUGCUCUAUCAUUUCAAGAUGGCGGACCUGCUAGGUUCAAUCUUAAACUCGAUGGAGAAGCCUCCGACAGUCGGCGACCAAGAAAGCCGACGAAAGGCUCGAGAACAAGCAGCAAGACUCAAGAAGAUGGAGGAAGAUGAGAAAAGAAAGAAAGCAGAGUUCAGGAAAAAGAUGGAGAAAGAGGUGUCGGAUUUCAUCCAAGACAGUUCACAGCAGAAGAGAAAAUAUAACCCUAUGGGGAAGAUCGAAAGGAGUAUAUUGCAUGAUGUUGCAGAAGUGGCUGGUCUGACUUCUUUUUCUUUUGGGGAGGAUGAGGAGAGCCGUUACGUCAUGCUUUUCAAGAAGGAGUUUGCUCCAUCAGAUGAGGAACUGGAAGCCUAUCGCAAAGGAGAGGAGUGGGAUCCCCAGCUGGCAGAACAACGGCGCAGACUAAAAGAACAGGCUGCGUUGGAAGAAGCAGCAUCCAGUCAGACAAAGAAGUCAGAAGCAUGUCCCAACUCCAAUUAUAGAGACAAGUACAGUCACCUGAUUGGCACCUCAGCUGCAAAAGAUGCAGCACAUACACUAGAGGCCAACAGUGCUUACGGCUGUGUUCCGGUGGCCAACAAGAGAGACACCCGCUCCAUAGAAGAAGCCAUGAAUGAAAUCAGAGCGAAGAAACGGCAGAAGCGAGAGGACGACACGGGAGCACAGAGCAGCAGUUCUUGAGUCUGCCACUGUCUGUCUACUACUGUGUGUGUGUGUGUGUGUGUGAGGGGGGUGUGUGUGUGUGAGUGAGGGCGCCUUACUGUGUCUGCGUGCACAGUCGUAUUCAUCCUAUAAUGCAAUAUUCUGUACUUCAGACAUUUAAAAGUAUAACUUAUAUGACAGGCGCCGAAUCUAGUAUGUAUGUCACUCUCUGAUCUAGACUGUACUGAAAUCAUAAAAUCUUGUUAAUGAGGAUGCUCAGGUGUGUCUAAUCCAGGAGGUGGAUUACUAUAUAUGUUUGUUUAACAUUUGCCCGUGACGUUCUGUCGAUUAUCAAGCUUCUCACACAUGAUUGGACCAUAUAUAGUGUGAGAAACUUGUUUUGAUAAAACAGUGUGUCGAGGUGUUGCUUAAAAACACCCAAUAUCUUCAUACAUAUAUUUUUAGAGAUUUUUUUGGGGGGGGUAGAGAUUUUUUUUGGGCAGUGAUGGAUGCAGAUGUGCAUUCACAGUUCUAAGUGACAUUUUUAUCAUUAAGAAUAUUGACAAUUUUGAGCUUUAACCAGGCCGCAUGAAGUUUUGAUAGCAAUGUUUUAGGGGCAAGGCAUGACAGAAAAGUCCCACCGACAGUGUUCCUAAUAGCCAGAGCAGCUUUAAAAGGGAAACAGGAAUGCCGUCUAUUGACCAUCUUUUGAUGUGGUGUAAUGAGUUGUUUUUUUCCUGCUAGUCUCAGCCUGUUUCGAAACUUUGUCAAAGUCAGGAUAAUGCCGUUUCUUCCACCUCAGGGAGAACGGCUUUUUAGAAUCGUUUGAAUUUUAAGAAUCUGUGAUUAAGUCAGAGAUUUCUUGUUCUUUGUUUCUGUACAUCUGCACUGACUGUGAAUUAAUCUGUUACUCCGAGAUAAUGUUUUGUCAACAAGCCACAUGAUGGCUCACAAUAGGCAUCAUAGGAGGGGAGGGGGGGGGGGCGGAAGUACCAGACUCCAUGUCGGGAAAUGGAUCACUAAGUUUUAUUCCAAGUCUUUUGUUUGUCAUGUUUUCAAGCAAGGGUUUCUUGGCAUCUUGAUGUCUUUUUUUUAACAUGGUUGCACUGUUUUAUCCCCAAUGUGUAUUAAUAAAUGGAGAACAGUA